CACGGGCGGCCUGGCAGCUGGCGGCAUUGAGGCGGACGCGUCUAGAGGUCCGUCUGACCGCGGAGUGGGGACCUGGUUUCGGGGCAUGAGCUGAGGGCACCACGCCGAGGCCACGAGUAGGGGGAAAGGAAAGCAGAGAGAAGACAAAAUGGUUCUCCCCUGGGAUUCUAUUUCUGUCUUUCACCUUCCUCCCACGAGAUGAGGGAACUGACGCCAACAGUGGUUAAAUAACUUUCCCAGGGCUACACAGCUAGCGAUUGUUGGAACUUGAAUAACUAAGGAGAAAAUUAGUCUCUUCUUCCUGGUCUGUCUCAAAAGAUAUUUCAUAGACAUUGAUGGAAGCAGAAACCAAAACUCUUCCCCUGGAGAAUGCAUCCAUCCUUUCAGAGGGCUCUCUGCAGGAAGGACACCGAUUAUGGAUUGGCAACCUGGACCCCAAAAUUACCGAAUACCACCUCCUCAAACUCCUCCAGAAGUUUGGCAAGGUAAAGCAAUUUGACUUCCUCUUCCACAAGUCAGGCGCUUUGGAGGGACAGCCUCGAGGCUACUGUUUUGUUAACUUUGAAACUAAGCAGGAAGCAGAACAAGCCAUCCAGUGUCUCAAUGGCAAGCUGGCCCUGUCCAAGAAGUUGGUGGUGCGAUGGGCACAUGCUCAAGUAAAGAGAUACGAUCAUAACAAGAAUGAUAAGAUUCUUCCAAUCAGCCUUGAGCCAUCCUCAAGCACUGAGCCUACUCAAUCUAACCUAAGUGUCACUGCAAAGAUAAAAGCCAUUGAAGCAAAACUGAAAAUGAUGGCAGAAAAUCCUGAUGCAGAGUAUCCAGCAGCACCUGUUUACUCCUACUUUAAACCACCGGAUAAAAAAAGGACUACUCCAUAUUCUAGAACAGCAUGGAAAUCUCGAAGAUGAUGGUUGUGAAUUACUGUAGCAGCAAAAGCAAAUUGGUCUUCACACCUAAAAUUGUCUGCCUUUGUACUUUGUAGAUGUGAAUGGUACUAUUCAACAGAGCACAAUCACAUGUUAGCGUUUGGUAACAAUGUUUUUGGAUGUUCUUAUGGAUGUUUCUUCCCUGAACUAUGUAUGGAAUUGAGCAUCAUCCAGAAUAAAUAGGAUUGUAUCCCAAAUAGUGAUUUGAACCCUGGGAUGCUCUAAUUGGCUGGUUUGUUUGGAUUUGUAACUCCAGAAACAUUCUAUAAUGUGCCAGAGCAAAUGGCAAAUACAUAAAAUGUUAUUAUUUAAAUCAGGCAACUAAAUAUAUUAACGUCUACUAAAAAGUUGAGCAUUUUCUUUUUUUUCUUUUUUUUUUUUUGAGACAGAGUUUCACUGUUGUGACCCAGGCUGGAGUGCAAUGGUGCGAUCUCGACUCACUGCAACCUCCGCCUCCUGGGUUCAGGCAAUUCUCCUGCCUCAGCCUCCUGAGUAGCUGGGAUUACAGGCAUGCGCCACCAUGCCCAAAAGUUGAGCAUUUUCUAUGCUUAUGUGUCUUUACAACAUAAAGAAAAAGUAAGAGACAGGGAGGAAAGUGAGAGACAGAUUUUUAAAUCAUGUUCAGAACUGUUUCAGAAUUUGCUAUGGAAAUCCCUCCAACUGGACUGAAAAAGAGAAAGUUCUUGGCAAAAGGGACCUGAUUCUUUGAACGAAUGUUGUAGUAAUCUGUUUAUGCAUUAUGCUUAUUGUUUCAAAAUCCCAAUUAGGAAAACAUGGUGUAUAUCUUAAAAUAGUUUGGGUUGACAAAACUAGAAUCAAAUGUAACAUUUUAUACCACAACAGAGGUUCUACUUGGAAAUUGAACUUUUAUUCUAUAGCAAUCAUUUUUUUUCAAAUCUAAAUAACCAAGCCUUCUAUAACACCACCUGUUGCUAUUAUGGGACUUUUAAAAUUGCAUUUAUUGCAUGGGAUUGUUUUUAUAGCAUGAAAAUGUUCUGUUUGGAAUUGUAUCAUGGUCAGUCUAAAUAGAAGCAAAGUUUUUUUGAAAACCUCAACAUUGCUAUAUUGGUCACUAUCAAACACACAAUUUUCUAAUAAUUGUGUAGUGGAAGAGAUUGCAUCAUCUUGUGCCAGACAAGAAGGGGACCUGCAGCGGGCACCAAAAGUCAGUGGAGCAGACACUGCUGUGGCACCAAGACUACAGUGUGAUAGGUAGUUUUAAAAGACUACAUGAUUUGAAAAUGGUUCUUCACUUGGAGAACAUACUUGCCUCUGGAUAUUUUUGUCACUCUAAGCGUUCUAAAUAUAACAAUAGAGAAAGAUAAGUCAACCGACAGAUUUGGGGAGGUAUUUCUUCACAUUUUGGUCAUUUUGGUGCCAAGUUUGAUGUACUGUUUAAUUGGGUAGCACCUUUGCUUCUUUACCAGGUAUGUAUCACUUAGUUACUCCAGGUGCCCUUGGUGAUUACAGACUGUGUAUCACUAUCAUCCUUAGCAAAAGGAAGCUUUCAUUGUAGGAACUUAACAUCUUCCCAUGAGUGUAAAUGAAUUUAAGACCUUUGAAUCAAAACAUCAUAGAGGGAGGUUUUAGAAUUCAUAAAACUGGUUCGAUGAAGUGUUUAUUACUUCUCCCAAGGUGACUCUUUUUAAAUAUCUCUAGAUAUCAAAUACUUUAUUAGCUGGGUCUGUCUAUGAUACAAGUAACUCUUCUCCUAUUUGGAGGAUAGUUCAGAGAGGUAGGAGCAUUAUCUCCCAUUUUUCUGGUGACUUCUUGGCAUAUAGAAUUCACCAUUUUAUCUGUAAGUCUUCAAAGGGUUAUGGUGGAGUAGAACUUACAUAAUGCAAAAUAGUCUUCUAUUUUUAAUAGGAACUUAGAAAAAACUUAGAAUUAUAUAUAGAGUUGUUUUCUUUAGAAACCAGAGCUAUUUAUGUGUAUUUAAAGCAAUGUUUAUUAUUUGUACUGACUCUUAUCCCUCUGUGUGAAUAAAUGUAAAACAGUGUA